AUGACCACUAGAUCGCAAAACCGGCCCUGGGUAUUGAAAAAGGCAGUUAUUGUUUAUACACCCGAUUUCGAUGUGUCUUGUCGGGCUAGCCUUCGUAUUUUCCACGAUGAAACUGCCGACCGGGGAUCCAUCACCCUUUCGAUUACGGCAGAUCUCGCUAACCCACGCAUCAGAUCACAGGUGAGGUUGAAUAUUCCCCCAGGAAGAGUCGAAAAAUGUACAUUACACAAGAGUAGCAACGACGGCCUCUGUUCACCUGGUUUGAUUCCCACGAUCCCGGUGCCUGUCACCAAUGUUUCGGCCGUCUCAACACUGAAUUUGGCACUGAGUACGAUCGGCAUUGUUUUUUGUCCAUCUGAGACGGAGUCUCUAAGCCCAGCCACACCAGGAGACUUAAAUUUCCACUCAUUUGCAAAGAUCUGCCGAUCCGAAUCUCUCCGUAUACACUUUGCCAGACAACAAUGUGUGAAUAACGAACUUACUAAGCUCGAACGUUUCUCCCGGGCCCUGCGAGAAAGAAGUCUUGAGGCAGAGCCUUUUGACCACGCCCGCCAUCGCAUGGUCCUGAGAGAUUGGCAUGUCUUCUGUUUAUCGCCCGAUCCACCCCCAUAUUGCCAGGAACCCGUGUCCGAACAGGUGAAGCAGGGGGGUCUACCCCCAUAUUGUGAGGAGCCCGUGUCCGAGCAGAUGGUUAGAAAACGGCGUAGAGAUUCAAUGCCACUGGACAAUAAAACACGAAAGAGAACACUCCUUUCAUCCCCUCAAUCGAUCGGCUCUCCCACCGAGCCCGAUACGCCAAGUACUCUCCGCCUGUCCCCAUCAAUCCCCCAAACGUACUUCACGCAUGCCUUCUCUCCUGGCCACACAGAGCGUAACAGACUUGCGCGUCUUGUACAUGAGUUCAGUAGUUUGUCAGAUGACCAGGUUCGCAAAGUAUUAGUUGGAUCCCGACACGCCCAUCUGCUAGCCAUACCAAAUGAUGUAGACAGUGACCUGCCAUCUGAGUCGGCCAAAGUCAGCUUUGCCAAGGGCGAGCUGAUCAAACACCGCCACCUGGAACGAUAUAUCGAUCAGAUAAUUAAGCGCCACAUAUCACCUAUUGUCGAUGAGAUUGUCGAUAGUGCUGUGAGCAAGUCUCGUGAUCAGUUCUUCGAUGAAUGCAAAAUGAACGAAGCCGAAUUUCGCGAGCAGGUCGACGAUGGUAACUCCGAGAUACGCACGAUAGCCAAUGAAUGUAUGAAGGAAAUGAAAGAAGAAGCACAGAAGCACAUCCAGGACAUAGAAGAACAAGCGCAACAGUGCAUGAAUGAUCUGCAGAAUCAGGGGAUCGAGGUUGAGAUGUCUGCGGAGAGACACAUCGCAAAGUUCAAGUCCUGGUCCAAUGCUUCUCCCCGGUCCUUACUUGAUAGCAAGUCAACUAGUCAUGAGCUGGGCACUGAUGCCAGACGCAGUUCCAUUUAG